AAAUAUAACAUAAACAAAUACCGUAUACUACCCGAAAAACAGUUAUACCUAAAGCUUUCCCUACACCUAUAGACAGAAAGGACAGUUUGAACUUUGGAAAUAUCGAAAAUUUAUUUACUUCGCACAGAAACGAUGAGGAAACGAUUGAAUCAGAAUAUGGUGAAUUUGAGAAGAAUCACUUUUCACAUGGGGAUGUUGACAGUGAUAACAACAUAAAAUAUAACAAGUCAGUAAUACGCUUUGAUCCUUCAAAAUACGAAUAUGUUUAUUAUUACUCAAAAAAUAAAGGUGUACCACCUUUUAUAACCAAAACAACUUCUUACUAUGAUAAAAAUGAGGAAAAUACAAAAGAUCUGCUUGAUAAAGACUACUACAAUAAUUACUACUCUUCUGUAAAUGAUAACAAUAAGAUCCCAAAACCAUCAUUUGCUGAUAAUGAAAAUCAGUAUCCAAUGGAUGUUCCAAAUGACAAUUAUAUUCCUCAAAACUUACCACUAAAAGUUACUGAAGACAGUUCAACAACUACAAGGUCUCCUAAUGUUUUGGUACUUGAUCCAAACAAAUAUGAAGAACUUCAACUGAAAAAUCAGAACCUACUUAAAGAUCAAUCGCCUGAAGAUACUAGAAAGAAAAUCAACAUCCUGCUAAGAAAAUAUAUAACCAAAUUGUUUCUGGAGAAAUACGGUAACAAGAAAAGUUAUGGCAAAACCCGUUUAGAGAAACGUUUAAGCAAUAAAACUGUUGAAGUUAAUAAUAACAUUAUAAGUUCACCUUUGAAUAAAAGAAUACCCAAAGUCGAUCAAGAAUCAAAAUUUUUAACUGCAGAUACUCUCUGGAGUUUGAAAAACAAGACUAUCGGAAAAAUUAAGAAGAUUUUCAGUAUAUUCACUGUGAUAAAAUUCAACAAUACAGAGUGUAACGCCACAAACUGGGCUGGUACAUGGCAGGGAGUGUGCUACACAUCGAGCGAAUGUACCCAGAUGGGCGGUACCGCUUUUGGAAAUUGCGCUAGUGGUUAUGGUGUAUGUUGUGUAUUUCGAGGCAGUUGCGGUGAUAGUUCCAGCCGAAACUGCUCGUACUUCAAAAGUCCAAAUUACCCAGACUACUACCCAUCAACUGGACCUGUCAUUACCCCCACCACUACUUUGGCUCCUGUCACAACCACUGGAGCAACUCCGGAUCCAAGACUACAUUGGUACUACUACAAGAAAGGAAGAGGCGACAAGGAACUUGAUGACGUACUAUCCAGCAAACAAACAAGUUCAGAUUCGUUGUCUUGUGUUUUUAGCGUGUACAAAACCAAUUCUGAUGUCAAACAAAUCAGGAUUGACUUUAUUGACUUGGACCUUGCCAGUCCAACCAAUGGAACAUGUGUAACUGAAAGAUUGGUAAUAACCGGACAGAAUUCAAAUGAUCAGAUACCGGUAUUGUGUGGAUAUAAUACCGGACAACACGUAUAUGUUGAUGUUUCCCAAUUGAAUGGUCCGCUUCAAAUCAUGGUACUGUCCACAACAGGGUCCCGUAAAAGAUUCAAAAUGCGAAUUUGUCAGUAUACUGAUGUCUGUUCAACAUCCCAAAACAACUGUUUACAGUACUACACCGGAGUGACAGGAGUAAUCGAAAGUUUUAAUUAUGAUCAAGCGGCAAUGUUUAACAGAAGCACUCCGGGAUAUUUCAAUAACUUAAACUACGCCAUUUGUAUUCGAAGAGAGGCUGGAUACUGUUCCAUAACAUAUAGAAAUGUACAGGGUGGCCAAACAUACCCAUUUCAGCUUGUUAACGAACUUCCUAGUGGUCAGUUAACAGUACCCCAGGGUCAAGCUGGAGUGGACAUUCUCAAUUGUCCGGAUGAUUAUAUCAUUAUUGAUGGAACAAGAUUAUGUGGAGAUAGGUUUAAUGAUGGUUCCACAUCUGCUAACUUCAGCAUGAAUGCUCCAGUUGUAGAUACCAGUGCUGGUCCAAUAGUAAUCAACGUGAGAACAAAUGGUAACGUUACUGGGUUGGGCUUUAAGUUAUACUACACACAAAAUCCAUGCACAUAAUUUUUUUAUUAUUACAAAUGUAUAAUAAAAAAAUAUCUCUAAAUUACCAUGACAAAAAAACAUACUGUAAAUAACAUCAUUGGAAGAAACCAUACUAUACAGGGUGGUCCGAAUUGUA